GGUUACCCUGUAGCCCAGGUUACCCUGUAAUCAAGUGAGCAUAGGAGAGGACUGCGAUGAUGCAUGCCUUUUGGUCUGGUGAGCUGUGGCUGGCCAUGUCUACAGCAUUAUUCUUGCUACUAGUACUAGUACAGUUGUAAACUUUUCUAAUUGUCCGCAAACUCCAACGCAGCCACUUACGCAUUUAGGAAAUUUCACUUCCCAACUCCAAACUCCAAAAAAGGUCUCUUUACUGCGAUUCAAAUUAAAAUUUACCCCAAAUUUUCGGGCCUGGCCCAUCAUCAGAGUAAUGAAUGACAACAUAUCCAUUGCAUAGGUUUGGGAGUUUGGGGUUGAGAAAUGAAGUUUCCUACAUACUACAUUCGUGGCCAAAGAAAUUAGACCCGUAAGUCAAAAGUAGCGCCGCGUUUCCAUUUCAAUUACAUGUACAUGUACAUUAUUCACGGUCCAAAAACCCGUCUCAGGGGGGCCGCAUGAGCCUUGGGGCUGCUUUCGGCUCAAGAGCUGGAUUUCUAUGGUAUGGGAAAAUAUUAUUGUGCCAGUAGAUCUACCAGGUCACAUGGAACGCAAUCAUGAUGCAGUUUUUUUUUAUCUCCUGACCUAGUACCUGUCCUGUAUUGUCCAUCACCAUUGUCACAACAUAAUUGUCAUUGUCAACCUGGACACGUGAUCAUGGUGAUGGCAUGCACCUGUACUGACUGUUUGUCAACAAAGAAUCUCUGGCUCUGUCCCUGAGCUGAGUCCAUCAAAUCAUGUCACUGCCUAGUAGUACUGUACAUGACAUCAAGAGUAUUGUACUCUUGAUGACAUUGUACUGGACGCACCGGGUCUUCGACAUGGUAGACUCUACCUAAUCCUUGCCCUUGCCUUGGUCACCUGGUCACGUUGGUGGUCUGGCCCAGACUCGGACUGGUGAAAGCUUUCUCGACUCCCUGGCCCUGCAGCCUGGUCUGGCCUAUGCCUAUGGCCCAUAUUAUGGGCAUCUGGCCCGUCAACAGGUCCCGCCCGACAACCUCCCGCGUCGCGCAAGCCGCAACUAAUUACUUAACUGCUCUCGUUCACGAUCACCACGAUCACGCGUCGGUGACAUGAUAUCGGCAUCAAGUGCGUGCUUGCUGACUUUCCGCUCUGCCCCAUGGUCUAGUCCAUACCCGAUACGGCGAAAGCUUGUUGUUGUUUCUGGAAUGUAGAUCGACUGUACCGGUACAUGUACGCAGACGCCUCUCAUUCUGAUCAGGUUUUCAUUUAGCUCCGCCCGGGACGCUUCGAGAGGGCUGUUUCUUGGUGUUCUCGGCCCUAUGCCUUAGAUAGACCAGCAUACUCUGAACCGACCAGUCUUCAUCUCGGAGGCAGAGCUCGAGAGCGAUCGAGUCGCAUCGCACCUGGCUGAUGAUUCAACAAGUAUUCACCUUUGAAGAGGCGGUCGGCUGAGACGAAUAGGCGGAUUGUGUCGACUUGCAGACUUCCAUUACUUCUGGACCUGCACUGGCGCACCUCGUUUUCGAAUCGGCUAGACCUCCCUUGAAAACGCCAGGCACCAGAUUUUGCGGUGAUCCCUGUAGCGUUGUCGGUCGAGAUAGCCAUUCCUGCUUAUCUCGUGUGUUUGAACUCCUGCUUCUUCAACUUCAAGUCCUGGACCCGAUUGCGGUCAUUGACUCGUGAGGCCCGGAGAAGCAUGGGCUUCACUGUCGACCUUUUCCUGUCCACGCCGAUCAGUGGUCGACACCUGUGCGUGUCCUGCCAUCGCGUUCUGGACGAUCCGGUGGUUUGUGAGAAAUGCUCCGGGUCGGUAUGCCGGGGCUGCUGCCAGCGCCUACGCACCCACAGCCAAGGUACCGGCGAAACCGGUGAGGAGAAUGAAGAUGACGACGAGGACGAGGAAAGCGAGGGUGGAGAAGGCUACCUGGCAUGUCCCAGGUGCCAGGCAGCUUGCAGUGAAAACACCAGUACGCAGCAGAUAGCACGGGAAAUCAGUGACCUGCACGUAAGAUGCCCGCAGAACGAGCGUGGCUGUGCGAGCACAAUGCCACUGCAUCGGCUACGUCACCACGUGAUCAGCGAAUGCAGCCACACUCUGCUGCACUGCCCGCACGACAGCUGUCCCGAAGAGGCUCUGGACCGGAACAAUUACGAAUUGCACGUCACGGCCGAGUGCGAGUUCCGACUGGUAGCGUGCGCGGCGUGUGGAACACGCCUGGUGCAACGUGACCUGUGCACGCAUCAGCGAGAGCGACGCUGCUUCGAUCAGCUGCAGCGACGACGCCUCGUGCAAAACCAGCAGGAGACGGCGCAGGAGCUGCGCACGCAUCGCAUGAAGAUGCUGCAUGAGCGGCACGCAACGGAGCAACUGGAACGGCGCCUAAUCAAGCAGCACACCGAGUCGCAGCAGAAGAAGUUAAAGCGAUCGCACAGUGCGCCAGCCGUUCGACUCUCACUCGGCAAUGGCCUGCUCGGCGCAAUGGGUACGUAUCGUGUCGGUAGCGCUGUGCCGCAUUUCUCCAAGAACGUCCAUUCCAGUACGCUGUCGACGCCAAUGGCGCCCAGGAGCGUCUCAACCGGAGGGUUCUCGUCGAUUCCGCACACGCGGCCCAUGUCGUGUCGGCGGUGCUCGGUGCGCUUUGUGCCCACGUCUAACCGGGGAAACUCCUGCCAGUGGCAUCGCGGUCCAAUGGUGAAUCAGUUCGGCGGUUCGUGCAUGAACUGCGGCAAAUGGAGGACAGUGGACGGCUGCAAGACCGGUUCUCACAUGGGAAAAUUCUAGAUAUGGUUAGUAGUGCAGACACAGACCAAGCUCAACGGCUCUUGUCCCAUACAUGCAUGACUGUACUUGACGCCAUCACACUAAUGUCUGCAUGCACUACUACGAUAGCACCUGACUUGAACUGCAUGCCGUGCACUUGCAGGAUCGCGUGGCAUUACGUCAUGUGUAUAGGUCCUGCAACCCGGCGAUGCAUCAGGGAUAGUGAUGAGUUAGCUGUCCGCAUGACCAUCGUGCAUUCUCUGUCCCGAUUGCUAGUAGUGACUUGAUUGCCUGCUCCGCUCUGCUGGAUACGUGCACAGAUACCCUUGUGCUAAUGCCUAUGAUGACCGUGCAUGUUUUCUGCAUCUCCAAACUAGUUACUUGGGACGCUGUGAUAGAUGGACUUCAGAGCGUACGUUUAUUUAUAAUUUUUUAAAGUGAUACUUGGCAGCUUUCUCUUUUUCCUCCUUUUCAUUAUUUAUAAUAAUGUUGCAUUUAACACAAUAAAGUAGUGGACCAAGGUUUUUGUGUCACAAGCACUACACUACAAGUUUCAUACACAUGAUUGUUACUCUGCAAUCAUCAGUCACCAUGGCAAUGAUGGUGAUCAUGCCUGGAUAUUGCUCGGCAUGCUUUGA